CAGUCUUCUCGCAUAGCUCGAUAGUGACGCGUCGUUUAGUUUUAAUUCUAUCUGUGAUAUUUUUCUAGUUUAUUAGUAAAAUGGCCAUCCACAUCAAAGACGCCGACGACCUGAAGACCAGGCUGUCCGAGGCUGGCGACAAGCUGGUGGUCAUCGACUUCAUGGCCACCUGGUGCGGGCCCUGCAAGAUGAUCGGGCCUAAACUAGAGGAGCUGGCCAACGAGAUGGCCGAUUCGCUGGUCGUGCUUAAGGUGGACGUAGACGAGAAUGAGGAGAUCGCCGCCGAAUACAACGUCAACUCGAUGCCCACCUUCGUCUUCUUGAAGAACUCCAAGAAACUGGAGGAGUUCUCCGGCGCCAACGUCGACAAACUCAAGAACACCAUCCUCAAGUUGAAGUAGAGCGCCGGCAACGGACUGUGUACUCGGGGGUAGGGUUAGACCAAAAACUACAGCUAAUACCAAGUUUUUAUAAAUAUUAUAUAGCGGAAAUCGUAAUAAUAGCGCCAGGUCUUAACCUUUUGAACGCCAAAAACACCUAAAGGCGCUGAAUCAAGUCUUGCCCACAGCGCCAUGAACACGUAAGAAACUACAGGUUAAAAGACAAAUAACACGUUUUUAUAAAUAUAUAUCUAGAGCAAAUCGUAAUAAUAGCGCGAGGUCUUAACCUUUUGAACGCCAAAAACACCUAAAGGCGCCGUAAGUCGUGCCCACAGCGCCAUGAGCAAAUAAGUUACAUACACAUAUUGCUGUCAAAGUAACCUUCACACUUUCAAGUAUGGUUUACAGUUUACACUCGCUCGCUUGCGCCCGUGACCUUGGCGUGUAAAGUAACGUUUUUGCUUAUGACGCCAAGUUCAAAAGGUUAAGGUAUUGCAUAUUCUUGAGAAAAGAUGACCCAUGCUGCCGAGAUCUGGGUGGAUGAGCGGGUUUAGGCAUAUGCCGCGAAUGUACGCAGUUUCGAUUCCACUUUUUCUCGUAUAUAAAGGAUACCUAAUACGUUCGGAGCUUCGUGCCUAAUGUCUGGUAAUAAUCUAUGGUUGCAUUUAAUACUUUGUUUAGUACGUACAUAUUGUGAAUAAUGUUUGGACGAGCUGUGUCAAAACCAAUUAACGUGCGUUUUGUCAGAAUCGCAUCAUUCUGAAUCUUCUAAAAGGCAUAACAUUCCAUUUAAUGCCACUCAAAUAUAAGCUCUAAGCCAAUGGGCUAAAGGUCUAACCCUACGAACGAGGAUGUAACCAUCCUAUAUGCACUAGAGGCCCCAAAAGAUUUUAUUUAUUUUAAAAGGUCACAAUCUCUGGUAGAUUCAGCUUUUUGGUGUGAUUUUUUGCGCAUAAUAUUUUUUUUAGUUUUCACCGAUAUAAUUAUAUGCCGAAAGUGUCUUAAGCUAGCACAAGAUGGUGUACGAUGGUCCGUUAUGUCGCAUUCUGCGUACUUAUGUUACAUUACAAAGUAUUGUUAUUAUCAAUAAAUAAUCGUGAAGACA